AUGCUUUCGUGUAAAACCUUUCUCAAACUGUUCGCGGUGGCUGUCGCGCUCUCCGACUUCACGGCUCAUGCCGACAAUGCGUAUGCAGAUGACUGUGAUGCUGCCCCAACCGUUCCGACAGUCACCCCGUGCCCCUCGUCUACUGUGCAAGUGUCCACUCAGAUCACUACUCCGGCCGGUGUAGAAUACCAAUCAGCUACCCAGCAAGAUGACUUUGUCACUACUAGAGAUACCACCGCCACCCCAACAAUCAGAUACGCGAACACUGAUGGUGGCUUAGAGACUGGUGGCGGCGUGGAUGUCUCGUCGUAUGGCACCGAAGAAAGUCCUGCUACUGGAAGCGACAGCGUCUCUACUUCUUCAAGCGGAGUUGACCUAGCUGAUGACACGGAGGUCGUGAACUCACCACAGCACGAACCUAAUUACUAUCUCAACGUUGAUAGACAGAUCGACGCCGGGAAGGGCGGUAUCAGCGUCAACGCGGACGUAGAUGCGGAUGUGAAGGCCGACGUCGGCCUGGGUGUCGGUCCGAACGCGGGUCCCGGCGGAAAGCCUGGUCUUGGUCUCGGAGUCAACGCGGAUGUCGAUGCGGAUGUGAAGGCGGGCGUCGGCCUAGGCAUCGGUCCGAACGCGGGUCCCGGCGGAAAGCCUGGUCUUGGUCUCGGAGUCAACGCGGAUGUCGAUGCGAAGGUGAAGGCCGACGUCGGCCUGGGCGUCGGUCCGAAUGCGGGUCCCGGCGGAAAGCCUGGUCUUGGUCUCGGAGUCAACGCAGAUGUCGAUGCGAAGGUGAAGGCGGACGUCGGUCUAGGCGUCGGUCCGAACGCGGGUCCCGGCGGAAAGCCUGGUCUUGGUCUCGGAGUCAACGCGGAUGUCGAUGCGAAGGUGAAGGCCGACGUUGGCCUGGGCGUCGGUCCGAAUGCGGGUCUCGGCGGAAAGCCUGGUCUUGGUCUCGGAGUCAAAGCGGGCGUUGGACUUGGUAUCGGUGCCAAUGUAAAUGUAGGCGUGAAGCGUAAUCUUGGAGCCGACGUUGGUCUCGGUGUGAAAUCUGAUCCCGGUGCAAACGUUGAUACUGACCUAGAGCAGAUCACUCGUCGUCUACGGGGUAACUUUUAG